AUGACAGCUACGCCAUUGAAUAUUGAUGAGGGUACCUUCUCGAUAUCUAACCGUCCAAUUGCUAGCAUGGUGCAGAGCUACAUCCAUAUGCAGCCUGAAGUAGAGUAUGUUUUGUCUUCAGUCGUGGAAGAGAAAGCUCGUAGACACCUUUCGUAUAAAAUUCACAGGGCAAAAUCUAUGUCGGAAAAGUUAGCUGGGCGUAAUCGGUUUUCUCGUUGUCGAACAAGAAAGAUAAGAGUAAGAGUGUCAUUUUUUUAUUUAGAAUUCCUAAUUGUUGAUAUUAUAACACAGAUCAAAGAAUACUUUAGCAAGUUAAAAGGACGGAGAAAUGAUCAAAAAGAAUAA